AUGACCGUCACGGGCCUCAUCAGGCCGCCUCCGGGCACGACCGCCAUCGCCGCAGAGAAGCUAGAUCGUCGAACAGACGAAGAGAUCGCCGCCUGGCUGCAAGAGCGCCACGAAGUCGUCUCCGAGAAGAAUGUAUGGGCGUUUUGGAACUCGGGCUUCAAGACGAUGCCGGCGUGGUCGCAGCGCAACGUCAUCAACUGGGUGCGCCGCCUCGGUCCCGACUGGACAGUUCAUGUACUGGAUACCGUUCCAGACUCGGAGACAAAUGUCCGGCACUUUCUCGAUGACAUGGAGACCGUGCUACCCAAGGCGUUUAACGAGGGCACAAUGGAUGGGCCGACUGUGGGCCAGCAUCAGGCUGACCUAGUGCGACUGCCCCUAAUCUACCAGCAUGGAGGGAUUUGGAUGGACGUCGGUAUGAUACUUUUCCGGCACGUUGAAGAUAUUUGCUGGAACGCUAUCACGGAUCCGACUUCGCCCUACGAGGUCGGUGGGUUUACCAUGCAGCUUCGUCCCGGUGUCGAGAGCAUGAUGAAUAGCUUCAUCGCGGCCAGGAAGGGCAGCCUAUUCAUCAAACGGUGGCACGACAUCUUUGCGACCGUCUGGGGCCAGCAGACUAAUGCAUAUGCCCCUAGUUUUCACAAGCACCCUUUAUUGCGACCAAUUCCGCUGCCAAAGCUCACCGCGGAGCAGCUCAAUGCGCCAGAAGCAACCGUCAGCAUGGCGUUCCUAGGUGACUACUUGACGCAGGUUCAAUGCUUUGAGCGUCUCCGCAAGGUCAUCGAACCAGCCGAGUUCGGCUUCAACGGACCCGAGUACUACGCAGCGCACGUCCUUCUGUUGCCGUCCAUGAGCGAAAUGUAUUACCUGCAAGGAGUGAGCUCGUGGCAGGGUCCAAAGGAGUUUGCCCUCCUCUCCGCCAAGUCGACGAGCGACGGCGACGACAUAUCCUUGCGAGAAGAGGCAAGUCGGGUCGUCGACCACAUGCUCGCCAAUACGGCCACGAUGAAGCUCUCACACGCACCGCCGGGCGAGGUGCCCUUCCUCGCAGACAUUUGGAGUCGGCCUGAGCAUCGCGACGCAGACAUUGCAAAGGACACUUUUGCCGCCUACAUGCGCUACGGCAGCGUGCAUUUCGACCAGGAUCGGGGGUUGGAGCCGAUGGAAGUCGGCAUCGAUACAAAGGGUGCACUGCGGACGGGUUUGCUGGAGUCGGUCAUGAAUGGUGAUUGCACCAAUUGA